AUGUAUUGCACCAUUUUCAUCUGCCAGCGCUGCUUACAGCCUCUAAAACGUUGUGAACCUCAGGAGACGCUGACCUCUGAACCGGAGGAGCCUGGAGAAAGCGGGGUAACACUACAGGAACAACUGGAAGAACUAUCAGAAGGUGGCCUUAGUGACACUGUUCUCAUUGAUGGCAGGAAGUCCAGGAACAAAGACUGCUAUUGCUUGUCUGGGAGUGUUAGCUCCGCGAGAACCUUGAAUAGCAUCCAGGAGACUGUCCUGCAGAUUUUUGAAACCAUUUCAGGCCAGAGAGAAAUAGACCAUCCACUGUGUGUAGAGUGUACGGACAACCUCCUGGAGCAGCUGGACUCCCAGAUCACCCUCUCGGAGCUUGAUAUUCAGAGCUACGAGCGCUGCGUGGAGUCUGGAGAGAUGCAGGUGGAGGAUGAAAUGGAAGUGCUGAAGGAGGAGUUGCGGGUUCUGGAGCAGGAGGAGGCCCUGCUGGAUCGGGAGCUGGAGAAGGUGGAGGAGGGCUGCAUGGAGGCAGCAGCGGCCCUCCAGGAGGCCCAGGCCGAGACAAAGAAGCUGGAGCGGCAGGAGAGCCAGUACCACGUGGAGUACAGUGCGCUCACAUGGCAGCAGCUGGAGCUGUGUGAGCAGCUAAGAAGCAUGGAGAACCAGCUGUGGUACGCCCAGCAGCAGCUGAGCUGGCUGAACUCAGCCAGCAUCUUCCAAUUCACCUUUGAGAUCUGGCAGGAGGGCCCCGUGGGAGUCAUCAACAACCUCCGAUUGGGUUGCCCUCCCUCAGGUCCCGUGGACUGGGAUGAGAUCAACGCUGCCUGGGGACAGGUGGCCCUGCUGCUCGUGGCUCUGUCCAAUACAAUUGGCCUGCAGUUCCAGAGAUACCAGCCGGUACCCCGCGCAGACCACUCGUACCUGAAGGCAUUGACAGGUAACUCGGCUUUGCUACCGUUGUUCUCUGAUGGGAGCCAGAAUGUUUUCCUGAACAAUGAGUACGACCGGGCCAUGAUUGCCUUCCUAGACUGUCUGCAGCAGUUCAAGGAAAAGGCAGAGCAGGGCCAUCAGGGUCUCCAGCUGCCCUACAGGAUCUGGGUGGAGAGCGGCGUGCUGGAGGAUGUCACAGGCAGCGGGGAUUCCUGUGAACUCAGGACCCACCUGAACACCAGGGAGCGCUGGACUCAGGCACUCAGUUUCAUGCUUGUUAACCUCAAGUGUAGUCUGGCUUGGGCCUCCUUGAGAUAUGGUAAAAAUUAA